GCUACAAAAAUCGCUCGCCAUCUGUGGAUUGAAAGCAGUAUUCGUGUCCCUCGAAACGAAGGUUGGGAACAUUGGACCCCUCUCUCUGUGGAGAACAGUAACUCAAGACAGACAGACAGACGAGUCAUUGAUGAGGAAACUCAGGCACGACUCUGUGAUGGGAUUUGAUUAAACGAUUUUCGUUAGUCUUUAGAAACCAUAACGACGGAUGCGCAAAACUCAAAAAAACUUCCGUUGCUGAAGAUCUUCCGAGCUCGAGUUUCGGUGUUCCAUGUUUUCAGAAGUCCCCCCAUCGUCAUCCUAUAACCAUUUGGCCAUCAACUAAACCACCAUCCCCAAGAGUUCAAGGCAUCAUAUUUUCACCGUUUUCCAAAGUCUCCUCUCUGUUCCUUUCUUUUCCUGUUCAGUUAUCUUUAUCCUAUCCGGUUCCAAUACAUAAAAGAGAGAUGGCGGUGUCAGCAGCAGCCGGGGGUGUUGGAGGAGAGGCAUGGAAGGCGCAUGUGGCCAUGGCGUUCGUUCAGCUCUUCAAUGGAGGGUACCAUGUUAUAUCCAAGGUGGCCCUCAACGUUGGGAUCAACCAGCUCGUCUUCUGCGUCUUCCGCAACCUCAUUGCCCUUUCCAUCCUUGCCCCCGUCGCCUAUAUCCGGGAAAAACGUGUUCGGCUGCCAAUGACUAGAGGCCUCCUGAUAUCAUUUUUCUUUCUUGGGUUAACUGGGAUAUUUGGCAACCAGCUUUUGUUUCUUAUUGGUCUUGGCUACACAAAUCCAACCUAUGCUGCUGCCAUACAGCCUUCAAUUCCAGUCUUUACAUUUCUAUUGGCUGCAAUGAUGGGUACAGAAAGAGUCAACUUGCUCCGAACUGAAGGUCAGGCCAAGGCUGGAGGUACAGUUGUAUGUGUUUCCGGUGCCAUACUAAUGAUUCUGUUCCGUGGCCCAGCUUUGAUUGGAACUUCAGAACCAGACUUUGCAGCACAAAGUGAAAUAAGUGCCAGGGGUCAGCCAGAGCCUUCUGGAUGGUUCAUGUCUAGUUUUAUGGAGCUUGGAAUUGACCAUUUUCACCUUGGAGUUUUAUGUUUAAUUGGGAACUGUAUGUGCAUGGCUGCAUUUCUAGCCAUUCAGGCUCCAGUUCUGGCAAAGUAUCCUGCCAGCCUGUCAGUCACGGCAUAUUCACAGUUCUUUGGUGCUCUGUUGAUGGUGACAUCAGCAUUCUUUAUGAACAAUGAGUCAACAGGCUGGACUUUGACAAAGUCUGAGCUUUUUGCUGUCAUUUAUGCUGUAAGUUUUUCCAUCAAGAAUAUCUGUCUUGAAUCUUACAUGUCUCUUUCCAACUUCCUUUAUGCCUUAGAUAUAAAAACUUCUUCGAAUUUUUUAUCCUCUGGGUCCAUGUGAUGUGCUGGUUAUUUUAACUUUUGAAGGCAGUAUAUGGUGAUAAUUCUGUUUUCUGAAGAGGAUUGUCCUCUAUACACAAUGAUUAUGGUCAAAAUUGGGAUGAUCAGCCUUCACUAACCGUGGAAGGUGAAGCACAGUUUUACAUCUAAUCAUGACAUCUUGUGCUACUCGGGUAUUCAUUUAGCUGAUUUGUUGGCUGCUUCAAUUUACCUGCACAGCUUUUGCCAUCACAUUCAACCAUUAAACAGGUUUCGGUUUUCAGCGGAUGGCCAAAAUUUGAUCCUACUGACAAAUUUUUUUGAGAAUUUUCAAUUUUCAAGAUUACGGCUGCAAAGUCAUUUUAGUGGAUUUACUAUAUAAAUUUGGAUUUGGACAUAAUGCCUGCCUAAUCUGUACUCAGCCAUGGUCCUAUAUGGUAGGCUGAGCUGGAUCUGCUUUUGGAUAAGUUACAUUCCCAUAUAUUAUAUUCUGUAAUUGUGGGGUGCACAAAGGGAAUUGAAACCAUAUCUAGUUCAAGGUAGGUUAGCUGAGCUGGAUUGUAACCACCAAGCGAAUUGCUACAUUGAUUAAUGCCUUCAAAUUGAUGUGUACUCAAUUUCAUUGAGCUAGAUAAAACCUUACGGACAUACUUGGCAAGACCGACAACAUGCAUAAACACUAAACAUUUUGUGCAGUAGGAUCAUCAUAUUGAUCUAGGAUGGCAGCUUCAAUAACAAAGCUGGGAGUGUAGAUAGCAGAGUUUAAACUUCACAGAAGUAUUAAACUCAUAAAAUGACGGACGCCUGGUCUUGCUUACUAAGUAGAUAGCAGAGUUUAAACUUCACAGAAGUAUUGUUGCAUGCUUGUUAUUCUAUUCUGUUAUAACUUACCUAUUAGAUAGCUGGGAAUAAUUCCAUAAUAGGUUGAUAUUAUUUUAUGCAUUUUUUUUUUCAAAGCUUUGUGUAUGGGUUGAAUGAGCUCGUUAAACUGCAAGGAUUAAUAAUUUAAGGAAAAAACCAUAAGCUGCUGGUACUCGGUGAAGUGGGAGCCUACUUUCUCAAGUCCUAAAUAUAAGGCAACAAAACAAAUUUCAUUUUAUAAUGGAUGAUGACUCUAUUGCAUGCAGAUUUGCAUGGUGAUCACUAUAACCCUCUUGCAAGUAAUAGAAUGAGAGAAACUUUCCAUGGCUCUUCUACAAAAUUCUUUUUACUAUUCAAAUGACUUUGUUAUAGCUGCUUUCCAGUAACUAUUCUUUUAUCUAAAAGCACAGACACGUGAUUAAUGCCUUUAUUUCACUUCGCAAUUUUACAUUUAUAUAUCUUCACUUUAGGGAAAAAUUAUGGGAAGACUUAAGAGCAUUACUC